AUGUCGCACAAGCACGAUACUCGUCCGCAGUCGCAGAGCAGCAGACUUCUUGUCACUGGCACAGUGCUCUUCUACCUUGUAGCAGCACUAUGUAUGGUCAUGGCGCAAGUAUUUUUCUGUUCCAAUGUUUACCAACCUCACUCAUUCUUUUCAAAAUACAGGAAUAAAUGGGUUCUCAAAACGACUGCUGCCCCGCUCUUCUUCCUCUUUACCCAGCUUGUCAUUGCCGUCAUUCUUUUCAUUGCCGCACAUGCAUCCCGCCUCUUAGUUGUGCCUUUAUAUGUAGACACCCAGCUUUUGAUCCAGCUUGCCCCCAACAUUGCGUUGAAUGUUAUUGGAUUGAGCUUCAGCAACUAUACCCUCAAGUAUGUCGACGCAUCUGUCUACCAAGUCGCGCGUGGUCUCGUCCUCCCCUUCACAGUCCUUACCUCUUACUUCUUCCUCUCCGCACGGCCGUCCCUCCGCAUUCUAUUUAGUUGUUCCAUCGUUACCCUCGGCUUCUUUGUUGGUGUCUUUCUCGAUUCUGUCCCCAUGGCUCUCGUUGGUAUUGGCUUCGGCGUCGCAAGUUCCGCAAUCACAGCAGUGCACAGCGUGGUCAUCAAAAAGAGUCUGGAUAUAGUCAAGGGUAGCGCCAUGAAUCUGUCGUGGUAUACGAAUUUGAUUAGUGCGGUUGUGAUGAUGCCCAUCAUUGUAUUUGCCGGUGAGGUCCCGGCCAUUGCGGAUUUAUUUUUCGGAGCAGGUGUUAUCCCCAAGGAAGGAGAGUUGAGCGACUUGCAGACGUUCGUUUGGGGCUCCUUUAUUACGGGUGCGCUUGGCUUUAUGAUGAGCCUCGCUAGUCUGCUGUCCAUCAAAGUUACUUCGCCCAUCACACACAUGGUGUCCUCCGCAGUAAGAGGCGUAGCAGCAUCCAUGUUAGGAAUGUGGUUAUUUGCAGAGAUCAUCUCAAGCGGCCGUGCAUCCUCUAUUGCAAUCAUCCUUCUAGGGUCCAUUUACUACACGUGGGUGAAACACGUCGAAUCUCAGCAAACUUCCAAGGAUGCAGGCAGGUACGAUCGUCUUCCUCUGGAAGAUGUUGAGACUGGAAAGGAGUUCAACUCGAAACCUGAGUGA